CUCCAGAGGAUGCGGAAGUCUGUGCUCGCUGUGUUGCAUGACAAACUGAGAGGUUAAAUAGCUCUCUGGUGGUAAAUGGACACAGGAGAUGGUGUGGGCGCUCACCGACCCGCAGCGUGCCUGUGUGUCCUGUGCGGUUUACCCGCUGCAGGGAAGUCGACGCUGGCCCGGACCGUGUGCAGCCUCGCCGCUCAGCACGGCUGGAGCUCCACUGUGCUGCCUUAUGAUGACCUGAUACCAGAGCACGCUUUUCAACUUAAACUGGUGGAGGAUGGUGAUGACAAACAGCAACAGACGACUGAAUGGAAGCUCCAUAGACUAGCAGUGCUGCAGUGCAUUGAGCAGUUCUUGGAGAAACGUCAAGCGCCGACAGAGCCACCAGCCACCGGCUGCCAGAUAAACAGUGCUGUCUGGGGACGAUGCAUCCAGCCUCUGCUGGAACCGAAGACUGUGGACCACUCCAAGGCCGACCACUCACCUCUCCUCAUUCUGCUGGAUGACAACUUCUACUAUCCAAGCAUGAGAUACGAAGUGUACCAACUUGCAAGAAAGUGUUCACUGGGGUUCUGCCAGGUGUAUCUGCACUGUGCCAUGGAGUUGUGCAUCAGCAGAAACCAAAGCAGGUCCAAACCCUUACCUACUGAGGUGAUAUUGGAGAUGACGAAGCGUUUGGAGUCUCCAAAUCCACAGAAGAACCCCUGGGAGAAGCAGAGCAUUACACUAAACAGCACAGACAGUUUGUCCAAAUGGGACAUCCAGAGGUUGAUGGAGUUGAUCUCCUCUGCACUGAGCAACCCGCUGAGCCCAGUUGAGGACGACGCAGAGCAAAAGGAGGCUGACCGCAUCAAAUGUGCCACCAGUGUGGUUCAUCAAGCUGACCAGGCCUGUCGACGUUUGGUGUCCGAGGCCAUGAAGAGUGCCAGAGAAAAUAAAGUGGACCCUAAACACAUGAGGUCUCUGGCAGCUGAGCUGAAUGAAUCCAAAACAAGAUUUCUUCACAACCUGCGGAAACAAUUCCUUCAAGAACUGCCCAUAGCCCAAGGAGAAGACAUUGAUGUGGAGCAUGUCGUGAAAACAGCAGUGGAAGUCUUUAACCAAGAUAAAAACAAAAUUCUAAAAAGCUUUAUAGCGGACCAUGCUUGAAUGAACAAAGAAAAUAAUGUUGUUCUCAUGUUUAUUUAACAAGCACUGUGAAUAUUUUCUGGAAUUUGCACAAAUGUAGAUUUUGUAUCACAUUAUAAAGGAAAAUGAAUGCAUGUGUGUUUAUAUAAUUUAAAUGCAUAAAAAUUAUUUUUGUCAGUUUUCAGUUUUGUUUGCCCAUUGUAGCACUGAAUGAAAAUAGGACCUGGAUAUUUUCCUCUCAUUUAUCUUUGUUACAGGUUAAUUAGAAUACUGUUAUUUCUUAAUAAAUUAAAACAUUUAAAGCUUU